CGAUGUUGCAAGGUGUCGUUACGUAGGGAGGCGUGUGUGACAUUUGCUGAGAGGAAGCUAGUUGACGAACCGCUAAGAUAGAGAGCCAGAGAAGGAAAUAGAAAAUAUGUUGUCUUUUAAUAACAGAGCUGACGUCCGGGUUUGACUGAACUGUCGUAUCGACAUCAGAGGAGACAGUUUAUGUCAAAUGUAGCGUUAGUUAAAACUUCCUCUCUGGUCAAACACGUUAAAUAGUAGGCUAACGCCUUAUCUGAACUUAUACAGUAAAUGCAAGGAGUUAAGGGUUGAGGUCGUUUUCUGGUUUGCUGCUCUGAGAUGAUGAUAUUAAUCGGAUAACAGCGGUUAAUUCUGUUUUUUUGUAUCGCAGUAUGGGUGGACGUUAGCGCUUAAGCCGACUUGGCUCACUGCGUUUUGCACACAAGGUUAAAAUUAGCUCUAGCCAGCUAGCUCCUCACUACCCUCCUGCUGCAGCCCUUUCACUUUCUUCUGCUGACCUGUCAGGGCAGAUGUGCUGAAAAUAGGCCAGGUGUGGCGUGGGAUAGAUAGUCUGUAACGUAGCCACAGUGCUCACAGAGUGUGCUACCGAGUCCAGCAGUCCACUUCGGGGAUUUGUUGUUUGUUGUUGUUACUUAAAGUUGAGCCAGAGGUGGGAUCAUGCUGCUCUCCUUGGUCGUGCACACCUACUCGCUGCGGUACUGGUUUCCAGCCACGAUCAUGCUGGGGACAGCUCCGGCUUAUCUGCUGUCAUGGGGGGCUUGGCGUUUACUUUCAACUGUCUUACCUGCGAGAGUGUAUCACAGGUUGGACGACCGGCUGUACUCCAUCUACCAGAGUAUGGUCCUCUUCUUCUUUGAAAACUACACAGGAGUUGAGAUUGUUAUAUAUGGAGAUAUACCAAAGAACAAAGAGAAUGUGAUCUACCUGUCUAAUCAUCAAUGUACAGCUGACUGGAUCAUUGCUGACAUGCUCGCCAUCAGGCAGAGUGCUAUUGGUCAUGUCAGAUAUGUCCUUAAAGAUGGACUUAAGUGGCUCCCACUUUACGGAUGGUAUUUCUCUCAGCACGGAGGAAUCUAUGUGAAACGAAGUGCGAAGUUUAAUGAAAAGGCAAUGAAGAAGAAGCUCCUCAGUCAGACUCAAUCUGGAGCAUCGAUGUACCUUGUCAUCUUCCCAGAAGGAACUCGGUAUAAUCCAGAGCUCAAGAAUGUUAUCGCAGACAGUCAGGCUUUUGCCUCGAAAGAAGGACUGGCUGUUCUGAGGCAUACACUUACACCCAGGAUGAAAGCGUCUCACAUAGCCCUCGAGACCAUGAGGGGCCACCUGGAUGCUGUGUAUGACAUCACAGUGGCCUACGAGGGAACGCUGAACCCCUCCGGUCAAAGAAGACCUGCACCAUCAAUGCCAGAAUUCCUGUGCAAAGAAUGUCCCCGAGUCCACAUACACUUCAACCGUGUGGACAUAAAGGAAAUUCCUCCAGAGCCAGUGUUUUUCCGCAGGUGGCUGCACGAGCGGUUUGAAAUCAAGGACCGGCUGCUGACGGAUUUCUAUGAGUCAGAGGACGCAGACAAAAUUUACAGGUUCCCCGGGGAAGGAAAACCAUCUCCGCUGAACCUCCUCAAAACCCUCCCAUCGGUGAUGAUCUUGGCGGGACUGACACUGCCAUUACUGCUGACGGAAAACGGCAGGAAACUGUACGUGAGAACCUGGGUGUACGGGACACUGCUGGGCUGGUUGUGGGUGAACGUUUUUCCUUAACGAACGGGGCAGAGACUGCCACGAUGAGACGUACAAAAGACAUGGAGAGACGGUGCCAUUUUCCUAUGUAACAACAACACAAGGUGUGUUCCAGAUGCAGAGCAGCAUCUGAAAAGAGGCUCAGAUUUAUCCCAGAUGUCCAGCACGCUGACCUUGAGCUGAAAGCUGAACAGAAAUACGGAGAAUUGUGACAAAUGGAAAGUUUUUUUGCUACUUGUUCCCUCUCGUUAUUUGGAUUUGCAGCCUUAUAUGAUGAGAAAACAUUAGGUGGGUGUGUCGAAAAGUAUUAUAUUUCUCAAAAAUCCCCUUCGAGCUCUACUAUGAAAUAAAAAUUGCUACGCUCUUCUCAAAAAAUAAUUUCCCCCUAAAAAAUAUUUUCCCCCUUCAUCAGAUUUAGAAGUAUCCCUGCAUGCUCACUUUUCCAUCAAACACUGGCUAGUUUUAAAGCUUUUAUACGAGAUUUAUUUUUGCCAACAAAGUCUGAUGAGUACUUUCAAAACACGUUUAAUGAUGAGGGUCAGCUACUGUAUGUAACUGACAAGGUGCACAAGCCUACUAAUGAUAGAUCAUUAAUUAUAAAGUGCACUGACUCGUUGACAUUUGUUUGUAAUGUCUGUUUUUCAUGCCAAGUCCCAUGUCAGGAGGAUUAUGUACUUUUCUCCUUUUUAAAGUGAUGUUUUUACAUUAGUAGAACAAAAUAAAUGGCAUGCAGUCCUCUAUGGGGGCUCGUAAACAUGACACCAGCUACAUUGUUUACCAUAAAUAUUCGUACUGACAUCACUUUGUUUUAUAUCGAUAGUGAAUGUAGCUGUAAAAAUAUGUUCAUGUAGGCAUAUAUGAAAGGCAUAUAUUUUUUUUUUUAAAUUUCCGAUACCCAUUAAUAUCCUUUUAAUAAAUACAAUCUAGUGUCCAUUUUUGGGUAAAGUCCGUGUCACUGAACACUGGCAGAUGCCACAGUGAGCUCAUACAGAGGAAUGUGUGUUUAAAAAUUAAAAUGUUCUACCAAUGUAAAAUACCGCUUUAACUUUAAAAUGUCAAGUCAUUGCCAAAACCUGGUGUAUCGGCCAUGAUGUUCUGCAGAUGGUUUAAGUUGAGCGGUACUUGUUUUAAAGGGGCUGUAUGUAAGUUUUUGCUAUCGCUACAUAGCCAAAUUCAACAUUAACAGCUGUUUACCUACCAGUCUAGAAGAAACGUUGCGAGUUCAGCGUCAACAAGUGCUGUCUCCAGUGGUGGAAGGCAACGAAUGACGAAGUUAACCAAUGUUACUUCUGGAUUUGCUUCUACUUCUAUCAGUUCUUUUCCUCCACUGAAUUUAUCAUGUUAGCCAGCUAGCCCUGGCCCGCCCAGCCCAUCUCAUCACUGCGGCGUCCAGUCUGCCCUCGGUCUAACAUGAGAGGAUGAAGAAGUGGCGCUGCCCGGAGGUCGUAUUCUAACCUCUUGUCCUGUAAACGCAACGAUGGCUGAAGCGCUUGACAAGCAACCACCACCACCACCAUCACCACCACCGGCUCCCGGCAAGAAGCCACGUUCAGCGGCAGUGAAAACUUACAUAUGGCCCCUUUUGAUGCCAGCCCUGAUGACAGCAAAGAACAUGCUUUUGGGCCUAAUUACAUUAUAAUAACAUUUUGUGUAUUAUGAUUUAUUCAUAGUUCCAUAAUUUUUAAAAUAUAUUUGUUACAUUGAAUACCGUGUUACAGCUCACUUGAAAGUAUCUACCCAGCAAAAAGCUGACAAAGCCAUGUUAACAGUAUAUCACAGGUUCCUGUGCAAUCUUAAGCCAUUUGUAUUAUAAACAUCACUCUAUUGUGAAAUGCACUGUGUCCAUAGUUGCUGUUUACUGUAAUGAAACCAUUGCAUUUUCCAUGAGUCACUUUACAUAUUCGCUGUCUCAUCAUCCUCUAGAGUUAAUCUGUGAUAUAUUUUCCUCAUGUGGACAGUACAGUAAAUCUCAUGGUUUUUACCUGUCA